UUUUCCUGCUGGUAUAUUCCCCGGAAUGCAGUAAUCCUGCUCCGUGCGUGCCAGGCUUCAUGACGCGUGCGCAAUGUGGCCAAUUACAACCGUUUCCUUUAAAAGAGCGGGAUAUUGUGUAUAGUGUUUUACUGCGUAACUACAAAGCAAAGAUAGUUUGUUUUACUCUGUUCCGUCUUUUUUCUUUCGGAAGAAAAUCAUGGAAUGUUUAAAGGACUUCGCUUCAUCAUCAUUAGCCUUGUAUAAUGCAUCAGGAUUCUCCGUUAAAAGCUUUGUCUUUCAAGAUUUUGAGACGAGUCACUUGUACCGUAAAGAUGUCCCCAAAAUCAUUGAACUGAGUUUGAUUGCUAUCAACCGUGCAGGCCUUCUCAACUCAGACGUACAUACAGCAUUGAACUGUGCAAAGAAAGAUGACUCUACAUUUGAUCUGUCUAAGGUGUCGUUACCAAGAAUUAUUGAUAAACUGACGUUAUGCGUGCACCCAAGAAAAUACACAAGUGCAACUUCUGCUGAUCUCACCAAGUUGGAUAAGCACAAUCUCGACAAGAACAAAAAGUUGCCGUUUGAUGAAGAUGUAAUCUCCAUGCUCAACAUGUUCUUGAGUCGACAAGAGGCACCGGUCUGUCUGGUUGCACACAACGGAAUGGGAUCUGACUUUCAGAUAUUGAGGUCAGAACUGUCGCAACUGACUACAGGUGAUCUAUCUGCAGACCUUUAUUGCGUGGACUCCUUGAGCGGAUUCAGGGCUGGAUUUACGACCGAGAAGCAGGGGGAGAGGAAGCAAAGAGAGGGGAAGAACAAGCAAGAAUCUACAUGGAUGCCUAGUCCAGAACCAGACUUGUCACUGAAGCGAAAGUUGCCAUAUUGUGAUAUUUACUCACCAGGAAUGGCAUUUCAAUAUUCACAGAAGAGAGUACCGGAUAAUCUUUACCAUAGUGUUCACGGAGGUGGAGGUUUAUUACCUAGGUUGGACACUGAUCAAUCUGCUGGUGUCAAGAUGUCAUCUUACAAAUCCAGUGACGUCGGAUCUUACCCAUCAUCGAAUGUUAGUGGUGCCACUAUCCAAGAGUCUACUGGAACCAUACCCAGAAGUUACAGUGCAUCCGACAACCUCUUAACCUCGUACCCCUUUCUAUCACAAUUAAACCAACCCUUAAACCAUGCAUAUACCACCCAGCUCAAAGAAAAAACUCCCAAAUCUCCCAAUCGCCACUCUGCUACCAAUGUCACAAACCAGUGGCACAUCGCCAGCCACCCGUCGUCCCCUCCACAACUCAAGAAGUCACAUUCGGCGCAGUGCCACACUGAAGGCCAUUCUAAGCCCCAAAGACUCUCUUACUCUCGUGUAAACAUCUUCAAGAGGACAUUUGGUACGGAUCCACCACAUUCUCAUUCUGCUGAAGGUGACGUGGUGUCUUUGAUCAAAGUAUUGCUUCCUAGGAUGUCUGAAUUUGUUUCUUGGGCUGACAAGCAUGCUACACCGUUCAAGAAUUGUAAGCUGUAUUACAAACCAGAGUGCCAGAUGCAAAACACUGACUUAUCCUUUGUCUUUCUAGAUUUUGAGACAAGUCACUUGAUCCCUAGAGAUCGCCCCAAAAUCAUUGAACUGAGUUUGAUUGCUGUCAACCGUACAGGACUUCUCAACUCUGACGUACAUACAGCAUUGAACUGUGCAAGGAAAGAGAACUUUACAUUUGAUCUGUCCAAGGUGACGUUACCAAGAAUUAUUGAUAAGCUGACGCUAUGCGUGGACCCAAGAAAGGACACAAGUCCACAGUCUGCUGAACUCACCAAGUUGGAUAAGCACAAUCUCGACAAGAACAAAAAGUUGCCGUUUGAUGAAGAUGUGAUCGCCAUGCUCAACAUAUUCUUGAGUCGACAAGAGGCCCCGGUUUGUCUGGUUGCACACAACGGAAUGAGAUUUGACUUCGCGAUAUUGAGGUCAGAACUGUCGCAAUUGACUACAGGGGAUCCACUUGCAGACCUUUAUUGCGUGGACUCCUUGAGCGGAUUCAGGGCUGGAUUUACGACCGAGAAGCAGGGGGAGAGGAAGCAAAGAGAGGGGAAGAACAAGCAAGAAUCUACAUGGAUGCCUAGUCCAGAACCAGACUUGUCACUGAAGCGAAAGUUGCCAUAUUGUGAUAUUUACUCACCAGGAAUGGCAUUUCAAUAUUCACAGAAGAGAGUACCGGAUAAUUUUUACCAUAGUGUUCACGGAGGUGGAGGUUUACUACCUAGGUUGGACACUGAUCAAUCUGCUGGUGUCAAGAUGUCAUCUUACAAAUCCAGUGACGUCGGAUCUUACCCAUCAUCGAAUGUUAGUGGUGCCACUAUCCAUGAUUCUCCUAGAACCAUGCCCAGAAGUUACAGUCAUGCAUCCGACAACCUCUUAACCCCGUACCCCCUCCUAUCACCAUCAAAACAACCCUUAAACCCAUAUACCGACCAGCUCAAAGAGAAAACUCCCAAAUCUCGCCAUCACCACUCUUCUGCCGAUGUCACAACUCACGAAGUCAAGUGGAAAGUCGCCAGCCCGCCGUCGUCCCCUCCACAACUCAAGAAAUCACAUUCGGAGCCGUGCCACACUAAAGGCCAUUCAAAGCCCCAAAGAAUCUCUUACUCUCUUGUGAACAUCUUCAAGAGGACAUUUGGUACGGAUCCACCACAUUCUCAUUCUGCUGAAGGUGACGUGAUGUCUUUGAUCAAAGUAUUGCUUCCUAGGAUGUCUGAAUUUGUUUCUUGGGCUGACAAGCAUGCUACACCGUUCAAGAAUUGUAAGCUGUAUUACAAACCAGAGUGCCAGAUGCAAAACACUGACUUAUCAUAA